AUGACAGGUCAGAGGUCACACUCAGUCACUCGACUCCUCCGCAGCAAGGUCGCACAAUCUUCACAUCACCUGCCAAUCAUCUUGACCUUCGGAAACCGGGUCAAGAUGGUGCGUUUAGCCACCUUGAUCGUCUUCUCUGUUUUGCUGGUGACAAUUGGCUCUACUGAGACAGCAGAGAGGAGUGAGUCUCGUCUCAAAAGCAAUGUCAUCGACCUGGAGCUCUUACUCUCACAGCUGUCCAAGCCCGACGGCCCUCAUGACCUGCCACAGGACCAGAUGCUCCUCCUCCAGAACCAGUUACCUGUGAAGACUAAUGAGAGCGCGUCUACUCCAGAUACAGCGACCGGCAAGAGGGUGCUGCGCCUCGCCGUGUUCUCCGACGACGCCCUCCUGAACCACCUCUCCGACCUCUACCCCGAAGACCCGCUCACCGCCACCGAGAAAUACAUCACCACGGGCGUUUUGGCGAUCGAGAAGCUCAUGCAACAGGCCGUGGAUGAGGGCGUGGAGUUCAAGAUAAAGCUGGUGCAGGUGGGCGUGUGGGCUGAGAAGGGGGCGACGCCCUUCAACACCAACGGCCUUUCAUCCAGUAACUUGCUGAACUUCUGCGAGUGGGCGAGCGAGAGGAAGCCCGGGCGCGGCGAUCCCGGGUACUGGCACCACGCCAUGAUGUUGACAGGGAAGGAACUGUUCGAGACGACGAAGGACUCUCUGGGCGUGACCUUCGUGGGCGGCCUGUGCCACCCUCGGACGUCGUGCUCCGUGGUCGAGGCCAACUCCUUCAAGGCCGUCCAAGUGGCCGCCCACGAGCUGGCGCACUCCAUGGGCGUCCCGCACGACGGCGAGGGGGCGGCCGCCCGCUGCCCCAGCGAGGGCUUCAUCAUGGGCCAGUCGCUCUCCGAGGAGACCUUCGACUGGUCCAACUGCUCGCGGGACGCCAUCAGCGCCUUCCUCAAGAAUGAUACAUGCUUAGAAAGAGAGGAAGAUGGCAAGGGGUAUCGAGGCCUAGACCAUACCCAGGGAGGACUUCCCGGCCAGAGGUACACAGCCGACGAACAGUGUGCUUUGGCACUUGGCACAAGCUACAGGGCUACUCCGUCGAAAAGGAGUAUAUGUGAGUAUCUCAUGUGCACCAACGGCGUGACGACCCGCGGAACCCACCCGGCCCUCCCCGGCACCUCCUGCGGGAACAACCGAGUGUGCGUCGCAGGCCAAUGCAGGGCAGGGGGAGGCGGAACUCGACCGCCCAGUCAACCCAGCCCACCGAGCAACCCUGAUAGGCCUCCUACCUGGCCUCCUAGCAACCCUCCUACCUGGCCUCCUAGCAACCCUGACAAACCUACCUGGCCUCCUAGCAACCCUGACAAACCUACCUGGCCUCCUAGCAACCCUGACAAACCUACAUGCAACCUCCCUCCUAACAACCCUUACAAGCCUCCUAACAACCCCAACAGGCCUCCUAACAGACCUAACAGACCCAGCAGACCCGCUAAUAAGCCCGUCCCGUUUAGUGGUGUUGAAGAAACAGAUGGAAACAUCGUAAAGAAAGAAAAAUUCCCACUGGCAACCAUUCCUAGUGAGCUGGCGAACAUACCUAUGCCUUACCGGUGUCACUUCAUGCCUCCUUUCCUCCACCGUUAUAUCGGCUGCGGCAAUUACCCCAACCGCAACCCUCACUCGCCCGAAGCCCCUGGACGAACUCCUGGAUAUUUGGACACCACUGCCGAAAUUUACGAACAUUCUUUGGAUGAUGAAGAAAGUAAACAAAUGCAGGAUUCCCCGGUUAGAGGAGAAAAUCACGGUCUUAUUUUGAGUGACGGCGCUCAAAACCUUUCCUACGGUGAGGAAGCGAAAAAUUCAUCCAUAACUGAGGGAAUUCCUGAUUAUGUUAUUAGUGGAGAACUACAGCAGAGCUUGACUUUCACCGGAGUUGAACAUUCCACCCAUGCUAGCCAAGGUCAGGAGAUACUCACCCCCAUCCAAGGUCUUCAAAAUGUCUCUACUACCAUGAAUGAAAUCGGAGACAACCAGAAUUCCACACAUCAGGUCCAGCCGCUCCCAUCUACCGUACAGCAAGUCCAAGAGGUUAUUGCUACCACAUACCAAGAGACACCGACCACUACUACUAUACAGGGCGUCACUAAGCCUCCUAUCACUACAAACAGCAUUACAAAGUCUCCUGUCAUUGCAUACCAAGGCAGUGAUUAUGAUGUCACUACCCAUGCGACAAAUAUGUUCCAGAUGUCCGCUGAGCAAAUGGCCCCAACUGUCAAUGUGGAAGUCGUUCACCCACUCACAACGGAAAAUGUUACAAGUGCAGCGACUCCAGCCCUAGGUAUGGGAUACUCCCUUACAUAUAAUGUCACUGCAGAACAAGUGAGUACAGCUGAACCGGCCACAAUGGAGCACCAACAAGCCAUUACACAGUCAACUUCCGUAGAAGAGGGAACCACUACAGAACCUGUUACAGAACCAAGCCCCACAAAACUGCCUGAACAAAUGUCCAUAGAAAAAUCUGAUACACCACAGAGUACCACAGAACAGCCUGUUGUAGAACUAACAACAGACCAGCGUGUCGAAAAACUAACAUCUGCAUAUCAAAUUGCCACAGAACAACCUGCUUUUGAGCAAAAUACUGAAGAACCUGAUACAAAACUGAUUACUACAGAACCACCUAUUAAACAAGUUAUUGCAGAACAAAUCUUAACAGAACAGCUUGGUACUGAACAAACCAUUAUAGAACAGCCCCAUACAGAAAAUAUCACAGCAGAGGAAAUCACUACUGAACAUCCCGCAGCAGAAACAACCACAGGGGAACAAAUCACUAUCAAGGAGGUGACAAUAGAGCAACCUACCACAGAACAAUCUUCAGAGGAAAUCACCACGGAAAAAUCUACUAACGAACAGUCUACUACUCCUGAACCAAGUACCACUAAACAAAACCCAGCUGGAGAACCUCCUUCAGUACCGAUGACUGCAACGCACGCGGUUUCAGAACAGACCUUCACCAAACCUGUUCAAAAUCCCGAGGAAGACCAGAGCGCCAAAGACAACUCGGAGGAAGACCAGAGCAAUACCAUUUUUUCGGUAGAAGAUUUCAACGUCACCGGAUCAGGUCUUCACUUCUCCAUCCCGUCACACUUGCUGCACAGUUUCUUGGGUCCUGUGCUCAUGGGAUCCCUGGCGAAGGACGCGCCAACGCCCAAAGGACGUCUGAAGGAUAAACAUCUUUUCAAGGAAAGCUUCGGUCAUCAACGUAAUGCGUUUGCAAGGAUCGCCAAUCUCCGGGAGGGGCAUCAUCAGGCGCCUGUAGUAGCUGCCACUGCGCCCACCAACACACGCGCUAUUCGUAUCAGCCCUUGUUCCCGCACGUGUGGAGGCGGGACGCGUUCAGUCGCCCAGGUGUGUGUCAAGAUGGACUCUCCAGAGGUCGAAGUUUCGGAGGAGUUGUGCGACGGCCUUCCUUACUCCUUCUCGCCCUUCAACCAGUCCUGCAACACUUUCCCUUGUUCGGUUCCCAAAUGGGUAGUGGGUCCAUGGAGUGCGUGUUCUGACUGGUGCGGUCUGGGCAUCCAGCGUCGAUUUGUGGCAUGCGGCCUCCCCCUGGUUGCGGGAACGUCGCCCCUGGCUGCGGGUCGCUUCCUGACGCCGGCCCGGUGCGCAGGGGCCCAUCCGACGGAGGUCAGGCUGUGCAAGGGGCCCUGCGUGGAAGUGGACUGUACUGUACCUGGAAAUGCCCUACACCCUGCCUGCCGUCAUCUUCUUAAGGACACGCCCUUGGAGAAAGACCACGCCCGCCAGAGCUCCCUCAGAUGAAACGCCGUAAAUUAGUUAAUUAAACUGUUAACCUGAAUUUGGCCGAAGAACUGUUUAAAGCAGUAUCUAUAAUAAGUAUUUGC